AUGGCUUUGCUCCCCCCAUCCCGCCCAGUUGAUGUGAUUAAAACACGAGUUGUUGAAGUUCUCCAAGCCAAUGACUUGAGGAAUAAUCAUGUUGGCCUUAACACAACUACUGCUAAGAUAAAUCAAUGGCACCAUCCUCCGCCUCAUUGGGUUAAACUGAGUAUGGAUGGCUCAGUUCAAGGGCAAGAGAACAAAGCUGGUGCUAGGGGUAUCAUUCGGACAGCUGAUGGUAAAUGGGUAUUCGGUUUCCAACACUUCAUUGGGUGUACCACUGUUGUUGCGGCAGAACUGUGGGCAUUAUGGAUUAGUCUUCAGCUGACAUGUGAUGGAGGAUUUCGAGCCGUUGUAGUUGAAACAGGCUCCUUGGACGCUAUCAAAGCUGUUGGGAUAAUUGAUCAAAUGGAUCCUAAUUUCAAUAUUUGUCAAGAAAUUAGGGACCUCAUGUCAAGGGAUUGGCAACGCCAUCUUCAAGCUAUUCGUCAUGUAGCUAAUGAAUGUGCGGACUCUUUGGCCAAGACUGUUGUUCAUCAGGUUGCUUCAAGAGUUGUUCUUCGCGACUCGUCCUCCUUUAUGCAACCUUUGAAGCUGAAAUAA